AAUUACAGGAACUGUUACACAAGCAUCAGGCUGUGUUUUCUUGUCAUGACGAGGACUAUGGGAAGACGAGCACCAUACAGCAUGUGAUCCCGACAGGAGACGCCGCACCUGUGAGAGGACGCCACAGUCAUGUGCCUCGCCACCUGUACCAGGAAGUGAAAACCCUCAUUCAAGAUGCCAGCAACAGAGGCCUGGGGGCAGUGCUCGCCCAGGUGCAGGGGGGUAAGGAGCGAGUCAUCGCUUUCGCUAGCCGGAGCCUACAUCCAACUGAAAGAAAUGACAAUGCAUUGUCCCGCUUCCCCCCAGAGACAGCAGUCCCAGACCAGAGGGAAGAGCGAGAGGGACUGGAGAUACCAGGCUUCCGGGAGGUUCAGCCGUCAACAGUGACUGCCCUGUGUGUGGGGGUGGGCUGGAGAACCAAGGAGCCUGAUGACCAGGGGACUACAAUGGAACAGGGUACCCCACUCCAGCCUGACAGAACAUGGGCUCAGUGGAAGAGUCUACAAGAAAGUGACCCCACGCUGAGGAGAGUGCUACACUUCCUCCAGAGAGGCCAACACCCUAACAGACUGGAACGACAAGCGGAGUCCAAAGAGGUCCUAGAAAUACUGCGACAAUGGGAUCGGUUGAGGUGCAAAGACGGUGUGCUGUGCCGGACGUUUCAGGACCCCAAGGAAGUGGAUCUACGAACCCAAAUUGUCGCCCCAGCAGCAGGAAAUGGUGGGUGUGAGCGAUUUAAUCGGACACUGUUGGGGCUGUUAGGAACCCUGGGAGAGGAGCGGCGCCGCUGGCAUGAUCAUCUGCAGGAGAUGAUCCAGGUGUACAACAACACAACCCACAGCGCCACAGGGUAUACUCCCUACUAUCUGCUGUUCGGUAGACACGGCUCCCUUCCUCAGGACUGCCUGUUGGGAAUACCAGAUGAGACUGGCUGCGCGUCGGUGGAGGACUGGGUAAAGUGCCAUCAACAGCGUCUGAGGUAUGCCUAUGAGAAAGCAGGGAAGCACACAGACAUUGAGAGAACCAGACAAAAACGACACUAUGACCACAACGCUGAGAACUCUCCCCUAUUGCCAGGCGAGCGGGUGAUGAUGAGAGACAUGAGGGCAAGGGGCCGAGGUAAGCUGGCCGACAAGUGGGAGGUGGUGCCUUAUAUAGUGGAAAAACAAACUAACCCAGAACUGCCAGUCUAUGUGGUCAGACCAGAGCAAGGGCAGGGAGCUGAGAAAGUGCGAGGCCAGAUGGUGAUGUGGCGCGAGGCGGGCAACGACCAGACCACAACCAUCCAGAUGUCAGAGACGGGCAGAGACUCGAGCUUGACCAACCUAGACGAUCCACCAGGGCUAACAUUGGGAUUCCUCCAACCAAAUAUGGAAACCAAUAACUUAUACAUCUAG